UCAGCUCUUGAGCAAAGCUCAAUAAUUUAAACCAAGAAUCGACCAUUGGAACCAAAAUCAUUGUUCCCUUUGACCAGGAAACUCAAAUUGUAGCUUAGAUGGCUCAAAGCAAACAUGGUGGGAGAAAAUUAGGGCAAUCCAACAAGAUGACGGCACUCGUCGUGGACGACAACAUGAUCAACCGAACGAUUCAUCAUCGACUUUUGGACAAUCUGGGGAUCGAAAAUGAAGUUGUCAGCAACGGGAAAGAAGCCGUCGAUAUCCACUAUUCCGGGAAGAUGUUCGACCUUAUUUUGAUGGAUAUGGAUAUGCCAAUCAUGAAUGGCAUUGAGGCUACGAAGAAGCUUCGUGAAAUGGGAAUUCGAAGCGUGAUUGCGGGUGUAUCGUCACGAGCAAUGGAAGAAGAAAUACAAGAAUUUAUGGAAGCUGGUUUAGAUGAUUACCAAGAGAAGCCAUUGACAAUGCCUAAGCUUGUUUCUAUUAUCCAUAAGAUCAACGGGUAGCAAACACUCCAUAGCUUUUAGUUUUGUUGUAUCAUCAAAGAAACUAACCGUAGAGUUGUUUCUAUUGUAACCAAAGUUAUAUAUAUAUAUAUAUGCAAGGUCUUUUUUGACUGUUAAA